AUGCAUUUCCGAAAUCACAAGGCGCGUUAUCUGCCAUUAUACUGUCAAUUGUGUACACAAGAUAAGAGAAACUAAAAACAAUAAUAAUAUAGAGUCUUCCAUAUUUUUAAAUACUUACGUAUAUUAUGAAUUUAAAGAGAAAAUACUUUAAAUUUAUGCAUUUAAUAUUCGGUAAUGCAUAUUAACAUAUAAGUAUUAAAGAAAUAAUAUGUUUAUUUGUUUGAUUUAAACUAUUACAUAAAAUAAGGAUGGUUAGAGCAAUUAUCAAACCUAAAUAUAUAAAAAAGAAACAACUAGUUUCCGAGCAAAAUCACAAAUUAACGGAAUAUUUUAAUAUUAGAAAAUCGGAUAGGAGGACUAAACGAGAGGUUUUAGAAGAAAAAAGACGACUUAUAGAAUUUGCUUUACGUAAAGGUGUUGAGGAUGGACUAGAGGUCAAAUAUAGCGAAAAUAAAGGUAGGGGUGUAUUUGCGACUAGAGAGUUUGUUAAGGGAGAGUUUGUAGUAGAAUAUAGUGGAGAAUUGAUUGAUAUACACGAAGCUUACAUACGUGAACAAAGAUACGAAAAAGAUGAAAACAUGGGAUGUUAUAUGUAUUAUUUCAAAUUUAAAGAACAGCAUUAUUGUAUUGAUGCAACAGAAGAAACCGGUAGAUUAGGUAGGUUAGUGAAUCAUUCUCGAAAUGGUAACUUACAAACUAAAACGAUUUUGGUCGACAGUAUACCGAGGUUAAUACUAACAGCUAAGACUUAUAUAAGACCUGGUGAGGAACUUUUAUAUGAUUAUGGUGAUAGAUCAAAGGAAUCAUUGGAACAUCAUCCUUGGUUAGCACUUUGAUGGUACAAAAUAUUAAACUUUAACAUUUUUAAAGUUUUUUUUACAUAAUUUCAUCACCUCAUUUACUUCUAUUUAUUUAUUUAUUUGAAUAUUUCUCCUUUUUAUCUGAAACUUGGAAUUAAUUGUAUCAAAGUGAUAGAUAUUGCUAAAUUUGUAUAAAUUGAAGAUUUCUGUGGUUUUUUUCAUUUCAUAUAAUUUUUCUAUUCUUUGUAAUACUUUCUGCUAAGUUUGAGUCCCUUUUUGUUUUAUAUUUACCUGUUCAUAGGGUAAUUUGUAAUUUUUCUGAAACUGGUUUAUAUUUUUCCGAAAUAUUGAUAUUUUAAUAAAAAACAAACAUAAUUUGAUUCUAUUGUAAUAAUUGAGUAUAUUUUGUCUUCAAAGGUCAAGUCUAUUUCAGGAACAAAGUGUUAUUUUGUUUACAGUCUUAUUUUCCUCAACUUAUGCAUGUUAUCAUUGUGAAAUAGUACAUAAAUAUCAAAGUUUGUUUGAAUCCGUUGUGUUUCAUUGAAUUAUAUACUUUGUAGGUUGUUUCUAGUGUGAAGGUUUGGUAGCAAAUACAUCCACAUACUGGGUUGAUCGUUAUAAUUGUUGAAAAUCAAUAUGACAAUAAAAUAUUUUAUUGAUUUUAGCGAUACUCUUAAAUUAGGUUAAUUUUUUGAAGAGAGUAUAUUUAUUUGUUUCUAUAUGUUUGUUUUAUAAUUUUCUUGCAAAAUUUUCUUUUUUUGUAUAAAUUUUUUGUUAACUUCCUAUUAUUGUAACUUUACUAUUUCACAUACAUCAGGACUGUAUCAACCCCAUAAAAGUGUAAAUUCCAACAAACAACUUUUAAAUUCUGAAAUCAUUUUUUUGAUAAGAUUUUUAUAGUUAUACUCAUUUCAAAUCAUCAAAAAAAAUUGGUAAAAUGAUUUUUUCAAUAAAAUCCAGUAUUGUAUAUAUAGACGAAAUAUACAUACAUACAAAUAUAAUGUUGUAAAUUUAAUUGUUUACAUACAAAUUUCAGUUUUUUAUAAUUAAUUAUAAAGCUUUUUUGUGUAUCAUCCUUAUUAAAUUAAAAUAAAACUUUUUAUGAA